ACAAUCACAACUCACAAGCCUUCUUCUUAUCAAUCUCAAAAUCCAAAUUUUUCUGCAAUCCGAAUCAGAAAAAUCCAACACCAUGGGUUUAAUUCCUCAACCACAAGACUCGAUUCAAGAAUCUCAUUACUACACACAUAAACUCUUCCUCUUCUCAAACUACGUCCUCCUCGGUGCAUCCUCAAGCUGCAUCUUCCUCACUCUCUCUCUCCGUCUAAUCCCUUCGCUCUGCGGUUUCUUCCUCAUCCUCCUUCACGCCACCACGAUCGUAGCCGCCGUCUCUGGCUGUGCAGCCGCAUCUUAUGGUAAGAACCGGUGGUACGCAGCUCACAUGAUCGCCACUGUCCUUACCGCCAUUUUCCAAGGCUCAGUCUCUGUUCUCAUCUUCACCAACACUUCGAAUUUCCUCGAGAGCCUUAACUCUUAUGUCCGUGAGAAAGAAGCGUCUAUGAUCUUGAAACUAGCUGGUGGGCUCUGUGUUGUGAUCUUUUGCCUUGAGUGGAUCGUUCUUGUUCUUGCCUUCUUCUUGAAGUACUAUGCUUAUGUCGAUGGUGAUGGAGUUGCUAUGAAGAGGACUGGUAAGGUUCAGAGUGAAGACACUCUCAAGAAUUCGCCAUGGGCGUUCCAAGUUUGAAGAAAAGUGAUUUCUUGUAAUGAUAUUGUUUGAGAGAAGAGAGUUUGUAUCAAAUGUUAGUUUGAUCUGUUUUUCAGGGUUUGGUUUAUAUGUAUUGAAGAAUUGAAUUGGUUGAUUACUUUGUUGAUGAUUCUGAAUAUAUGUCUUGCAUAAGU